GUUAGGAAAUAUAGUUAACAUGAUUAAGUUUCUAGAUUACUUGCAUUAUGGGGUGGAGGAGCUACUACCAAGAAAAUAUUUAAUCCAGUACCGUGAUUAAUCAAUUCAAAUGAACUUGAGUAAUUUUUCAAUUCAAGUGAACUUCAUGUAUAUCAAACUUUUUUUCUAAAUUUAUGAUUGUUAAAGUUUAUUUUUAUAUAGAUGUUGUUGUUGGCUUUCUUAUUGUUUCUAUUAUAUAUGAUAUUGCAGCUGAAAAGAUUUUGGGAUUAACAGAUUUUGUACAACACUUUAGGUAAUGAAAGGGCAAUGAAAUAUAGCAAAGAAGGACAUUUUAUGAUUGUAAGAUAUAAGUUAUCAUUUGUGAUGCAGGUUAUAUAAUGUAACAAGUAGUAAGAUACUUUCCAAGUUUGAGGCUUUUAUAGGAUGUGCAUUUGAGUUAGCUCUCUAUAUUGUGAGACUAAUGGGAACAAUUUGAAAUAUGCAUGAUCUCAAGAAAAAGCCAAAGUAUUUGAUGACUUUCACAGUUGGCCUUGACCAGAAAAACAAUAUUGAUGCAGCAGUUAAGAAGCUUUAUGAGGAUUUUAUGAUUAUGCUUUUUCACUAUGAUGACCGGGUUACUGAAUGGGAUGAAUUUGAAUGGUUGAAGAAUGCAAUUCACGUUAGUGUCAGAAAGCAAACAAAAUGGUGGUAUGCAAAAAGGUUUUUGCAUCCUGAUAUCGUAGCAGCUUAUGAAUAUAUUUUUAUAUGGGAUGAAGAUCUGGGAGUAGAGCACUUUAAUAGAAGCAUGUACAUUGAGCUGGUUAAGAAACAUGGUUCGGAGAUCUCUCAACCUGGUCUUGAGCCCAACAAUGGUCUGACAUGGGAGAUGACAAAGAGGAGAGGAGACCAAGAAGUUCACAAGUGA